AUGAGAAAGCGCAGAGCCGAGAGCUCGUCACUUCACGAGGUUCCUCAGAAGAAGAAAUGUCGCUGUGUGUGUGAUGCAGAGCCCGAGCUGGAGGCAGUGCACGCGCUGCACGCCGCUCCGCGUGCGCUCUUCACCACUGUAAUCGGAGAGCAUCGCAGAAAGAGACCGAGAUGCUGCGAGGAUCCUGAACAGCACGGCAGAACAGGGGCACCGGGGCACAGACUGAGUAACGCUACAGACGGCGUGAAUGAGGAGACCGGGGAUGUGCGCGUUUCUGGAAAGUUCCGAGGCGCGAGCGGUGCGUGCAUGUGCGAGAUGGCGUCAGAAGGAAGCGCGAGCGGGACAAAACCGGAAAAGCGUACGAAGGUGGCGAUUUUACACAAUGUUGUGGUGACGCUUCCUGAUGACGAGGACGAGCUUUGUGCGUUUAACUCCUUCCAGUUCUGGAGAACUCCCCUGCCGGCGUUAGAUCUGUCGCUCCUGGACAGUCCGUCAACAACCGAGCUCAAAGAGGACAGGUCUGUCAAAGACGGCACAGAAGAAAUGGAGACAUGA